AUGGCGGUGAAUAACCCCGUAGCUGCUGAUGGCAGCACAGAUGGUCAUGUUGCCACCACGCUGCCCUGGCAACUCCACAAUGGCACGUUGACCAAUAAUGUUGCGGCCUCUCCUUCUCCUCUUGUUCUGGGACAGCAGUGUAAGGAGGAAUUCCCUCAACGUCCUGAACUACGUGUGAAUACGUUAAUCUCUGGACUGGUUGUUCUAUUUAAUAAGUCAGUUCAGGUGAAAUCCAGCAGCGCUUCGAAACCCACCCAAUCUCUGGCGCUCUGUGAGAUCUGCUGUGAAAAGAAAUGUGCAGCUGUGAAGUCCUGCCUUAUCUGUAUGACCUCUUACUGCGAGACUCACCUGGAACCUCACAAGAGGGUUUUAUCAUUUAAAAAGCACAAACUGAUUGAACCUGUGGAGAACCUGGUGGACUACAUUUGCCAGAAACAUGAGAGACCCCUGGAGCUGUUCUGUAAAGAUGACCAGACGUGUGUGUGUCAGUUCUGUACUGAAGGAGACCACAGAACUCACGACACUGUUCCUAUAGAGGAGGUGUUACGUCCCGGUCUAGGUCGGGCCACUGACAUAAAGAAGACUUUAGUAGAAGUUCAUCAGAUGAUCCAGGAGCGACUGAAUAAGAUUAGAAAGCACUCUGUAGUACUCAAUAACAGAAACACAGAGAAGGAGAAAGCAGAUGUUGUGGAGAUCUUCAGUGCUCUAAUGCGCAGCAUUGAGAGAAGCCAGGCUGAACUGCUUAAGGUGAUGGAGGAGAAGCAGAAAGCAGCAGAGAGGCAGGCUGAAGAGUUCAUUAAAGAUCUGGAGCAGGAAAUCACUGAGCUAAAGAGGAGAAACACUGAGCUGGAGCAGCUCUCACACACUGAGGAUCACCUCCACCUCCUACAGAUUUACCCGUCACUGUGCAGCCCUCCACACACGCAGGACUGGACUGAUGUCACUAUUAUCUCUCGUCUGAGUGUGGAGACUGUGAGGAGAGCUCUGUCUCAGAUUCAGGAGACACUCAGUGAGGAAAUGGAGAAGCUCAAUAUGGCUGUGGAUGUGAUGGUGGAUCCUCAUACAGCUCACCCUACUCUUAUCCUGUCUAAUGAUGGAAAACAAAUUAGAAAUGGAGACAAACAACAGAAUCUCCCUGAUAACCCAGAGAGGUUUGAAGAGUAUGCCUUUGUACUGGGAAAGGAGGGAUUCUCCUCAGGGAGACUUUACUAUGAGGUGCAGGUCAGAGGGAAGUCUGAGUGGUUGUUAGGAAUGGCCAAAGAAUCCAUUAAGAGGAAAGGCACCAUCAAAUUCCGUCCAGAAAAAGGAUGCUGGUGUAUUUCUUUGUUAAAUGGGAUUUGGUGUGAGGUUGUGGACUCUGUCUGCCUCACCUUCAAAGAUUCUCCUGACAAGGUCGGGGUGUUUGUUGAUUAUGACGAGGGUCUGAUCUCUUUCUAUGAUGUUGAUGCAAAGUUUCAUAUCUACUCUUUCACUGGUCAAACUUUUACUGAGAAACUUUAUCCAUUAUUCUGCCCUGAUCUUGGCACUGUAGAGGACGAUGAAGAUGAAUUUCCGCUAAUCAUUUGUCCUGUCACUCAUAUGUCAUCCUAAUUUACUAUCAUAAAAAUAAACCUAUA